AACACACGCGGCUAGCCCUUCACAAUAAGAGUCCUCGCCAGAACAACGCAGAAAACAAACGCCAGAGAACAAACACUCUAAACUAAACACUCCGAACACGCUACAGCAUUAAGGACACGAAUUAAUAUGCCGAGGCCACGAGUUAAGAAUCGCAAGCCGUGGCCUCAAUAUAUUAAUUCGUGGCCACGCCUUAAAAAAAAUCACCAUGUCACCGUAGGGUCUCCGUAAAAACGCGCUUGGAGGGUGAAAUAAAUAUUUAAUCACUCAGGUCAGGCUGCAGCAGCGCGGACAUUCAGCCGGACUGCAGCUACACCCGACACGAUGGCGUGAUAAACAGACAAAAUAAUAAUAACAACAACAACAAUAAUAACAACAACAUUAGUAGUAGUAGUACUAAUAACGAUCCUGUCAGAGGUGGAUGGCCUACGACUCAGCCGGAGCCGACAGAAGCGGGGAGGCGGCGUGGCUCCUGCAGCAGCAGCGGCACAUGCAGCAGCCUAAAGCGGGCUGGAGCCCCGGAUACAACCCGGAGAGCAGCUGGAGCGGAGCGAUGGAUUCAAAUCCAUAUUGCGGCUAUCCACCAAACUAUUGGUACCCUCAUUCACAUACAGCAGGACCCUAUGGUAACGCGUACCCAUCUGGAGCGGAGGUCAAUGGACAAGCACCGUACAAUCCACAGGCAAUGUCAGGCUAUCCCAACGGGGUGUACAAUCCUGGACAGUACUCAGCCAACAUGAUGCACCCUUCUAAUCCGUUCUACUGCAGUGAGCAGAUUCCUCCAAGGCAACCACCCCAGUAUCACAAUCAGCCCUGCCCCGAUCGGACCACGGGGAAUUCUUCACAGCCCCCUUAUCCUGUGCCACACUGCCAAGGGGGUCCUGGAUAUCCCCCCAGUUCGUACCCACACUAUGGAGACGGGUGCCCACCUAACGCCGCGUACACCGCCCAGCGUCCCCAGCCUGAAGCCUGGCCGCAUUCGGGAGGGUACGGACCAACACCCCCUCAGCAGCAGUGGCCGUCUGGCACCCAGCCAGCUCACGGGCCGUACGCCAACCAUGCUAACCACGUACGGCCUCCGCAUCCUCCACCCUGGCAGGGUCCGGCUCCGCCUCCGUAUGAACACAAGGAACCUCCGUAUCCCGGUCCACCUCACCUGCAUCCCCGAAACCAGCCUGCGGGCCUCAAACCUCGGCCAAACACCCCGAACCCGGGCCAGAACAAGCCUGCUGAGUUCAGUGCUCCUCCUCAGAUCUACAGCAGAGCAAAGGGUGGCGCUGAACCCAAACCAGCUCCGAACGACCUGCCCUCGGCAGGCCCCGCCCCCGCCACGCCCAUCGAUAACCCCAGCCUGGCUCGAGUCCAGCAGGUCCUGGCCAGAGUCCAGCUGCUCCAGGAGGACGUGGACGAGUUUGUGGGCAAAAAGACGGACAAAAGCUACCGCUACCUGGAGGAGCUGCUGACCAAAGAGCUGCUGGAGCUGGACUCUGUGGAAACCAACGGCCAGGACAGCGUCCGGCACGCUCGGAAAGAGGCCGUGCAGAAGAUCCAGGCCAUCCUGGACCGCCUGGAGAAGAAGGCCUUCUAGUCCUAGUGCCACAUCAUAAAGGUUCAGAGGUGGAGGGUUCGAUUGGCACUUGCAUCGUUUUUGGUUUGGGUCUUGUUUGUUUAUUUGAGGUCGGGUGUAGGUUCGUUUUCUCUGAGUUGCCAGUAAGUUUCUGUAAACCAGUUUCUGUUUCACAAAGCAGGACUUUGUGUUUGCUUUGCCCGGUUUAAAGGAACGCAUCACUCAUUUUCAGCCUAAUCGCCACCCGGCGCAUACAGUCGAUUUCUCCUGACCGUUAUUUCGACAGUUUGGACCUGGUAAAAGAACAGAAACACUGACUUCUGUUACAAGUGCAUUUUGAGACACUGUUCUUUUGGUAAAUUGGGGGAAUGGAUUUUAUUAUCGGGGGAAACUCUUCUUCUUCUUAUUAUUAUUAUUAUUAUAAUUAUUAUUACUGUUGAAAAUGCUGGUGUAUUCCUUUAAGCGUACAGUCAAGCCUGUCCACUAGGAGAAGAGCUGAGGGUCGUUCCUACUAGAUGAUCAUGAACUUCUGGCUUAAGUUACCCAGUUAUUUCAAAACUCCUGCUUUGUUAAACACACUUCAAGACAUGGAUUAAGCCUAGUCUAGACAAAGUCGUAAUCCAGGUGGUGAGUCACCAUUGAAACUAUUAGGAUAAGUAGAUGUACUCUAUUGAAUCAAUACUGCAUCCGAUUUUUAGGCUUGGUCCAAGUCUGGAAAACUGGCCCUGUUAGUUUUCGUCUGUUUGUUUCUUGCAGGUGAACAGUUCUUCAAAGCUGUCUGUUAGAAAGCAAACGCUACUGCUCUCCGUGCCAUAAACAAGAGCUCGGUUCACUCAACUGAUGUUUA